AAGAAGAUUGGGGAUAAGGAAAUGGAUGAUGGCACUUGGAACACACACUGUCGCACUCCUCAUUUUCCUUGUUGCAUAUGCACUUUUAACUGGGAAAAAACCAAUACUCUGCCCCAAUUCAUUUCUUCCAAACCAAAGGAAAACAAACCAGCCGAGUCCAGGGAAAAUGGCAUCCAUAGCAAUGACACCCACAUUCCUCCGCGGAGCUGCCCCCAAACACCCCUCAACCACCACCGGCCGCCAGCGCGGGGUGGUUGUAAUGUCCAAGGCCUCAAAGGUGAGUGAAGGUGUGAGUUUCAAAAACGAACACGACAGCGGCAGUGGGAGGAGGGAUUUGGUGUUUGCCGCUGCAGCUGCCGCGGUGUGGUCGGUGGCGAAAGUAGCGGCAGCGGAUGAGCCGAAGCCGGGGAGUCCCGAAGCUAAGAAGAAGUACGCGGCGGUGUGUGUGACCAUGCCCACUGCCCGUGUCUGCCGCAAGGGACCAUCGAUCAACUAGUUGAUUUUUGGGAUCAUGAGGUGGUUUGUUAUCUGUUUGUUUAUUCUCUGUUGUGAUUUGAUUUAUGUAAAAAUUUGGUAUGAUUUCUAUGGUAAAAACAUAAUGUAGACUUGAA